AUGCCUCGAACCUCCUUCUCUAGCGGAGGAUAUGUGCCCAGCUUCGCCCGCCCAACAGCCUCCUCACAAGCCCGACGCGAUUCAACCCAAACACCCACCAGACAAACCGACACGCCCAAACUUCCAUUCCGCACACCGUUCGUACCAUUCCACCCCUCCACCUCCCGCCCCCUAUCAGCCAUGAGCGAAAAUUAUAGCCGUCGCUCAUCGAUAGCCCUAGCCCACCCCGGCCGUGCUUCAAUAUACCCAUCCCCUGCCGUCUCUACUCGUGCAUCGAUCUCAACAUCAUCAGCAUCUACUCACCAACCCUCGUCUUACAGACCACUGGCAACUAGAUCAAUCCGCAGUCCAACGUUGACUCGAAAAAAGCUACCCCGACCCCCGCCCCAGCCUCAGCUACGACUAAACGAAACCGAGCUAGAAAAGCGCCUACAAGUCGUCGCGAAGAACCGCUUCGAAGAAGGUCUCUCGCAGCUAAAUGAUGAUUGGCAGGAAGAAGAGGAGGAGAAAGGUAGAGGUCAAGGUAAAGCCCCAGCCAAGAAGAUAUCUAAUCCUGCUCCCUUGGCCCCGGGCCCUAUAUCAGCCCUACACUUGAAGGCCACCGCCGUCCCGGCGGUUCUGUCCAAAAUAGAAGUCAUCUGCGACAGCCACAGCCACAGCUCAGACUCAGAGGAGAGUUUCCACACAGCGCUGACAACCUGUUCGGAGGAGAGUUUCCAUACGGCGCGGGGGUCGGAUAGUGAUGGGGAGGCGGAGAAGGCGUUUUUGAAUGCGAGGGAGAUUUGUAUGCAUUGGGCGGUGCAGCUUGAUAGGCCGGUGGAUGAGAGGGAUGAUUCUGUUAUCGGGGAUAUUGCGGGGAUUGGGAGGGAGUGA